AUGCAGGAAACCCGCCGGGAGCUGCCGCGGCAGAAGGCGCAGCAGAAGCAGAAGCCGCAGCAGAAGCAGAAGCCGCAGCAGCAGCAGGAGCACCUGCAGCAACAGAACAUGCCGCCGCAGCAGCAGCAGCAGAAGCUGCAGCAACAGCUCCGUGGGCAGCAGUUGUCCUUCUCUCUCGGACCCAAGCACCGUCCGUGGCGUCUGUGUUUGUUUAUCUCGGGUUUCCCUUCUCUGGUGGGGGCUCUGCAGUUUGAAUUUCGCUGGCAGCAAGCGCUGGUUCCUGCUGCUGCAGUGCGUUCGUUGUGCUGCUGUGGAGACACAGGGGCUGUCUGCAGCUGCAGAAGCUGCGGCAGCUGCGUUGUACGACGCAGGCAGCAACGCCGCGAGCGCCGCCUCAAUUCCAUCCCCGCAGACAGCAGCGGCGCAGCAGCUGCUGCAACAACAGCAGCAGGAGGGGUACAAGCACCCGCGGCAACCGGCGCCGUCACAGCAGCAGCAACAGCAGCAGCAGCAGCAGCAGCAGCCGCUGACUGGGAGCUGCUGAACCAGCAGGCAGCCGCAGCAGACGAUUCACGCUGCUGCCGCGUCCCCUUUGUGCUGCGUAGGCGCCGCAGCAAAAAUCCGCAGCAGCGACUCGAGGCGGAACUGCAGCAGGCACUGCUGCUGCUGCACGGCGAUCCCUUCGGGCGUCUUCCGCUGCAGCUGCAUUGCUGCUGCACCGACGUAGCAGACUUGUUGCAGGACUUGCUGUUGUACUCCUGCUGUGGCGGAGGAUCAAGGAGAAACUUCACCAGAAACAGCAGCGGCAGCAGCAGCAGCAGCAGCAGCAGCAGGCGGGCGCUGACCCGGCUUCCCCCACAGGUGACCGUCAGCAGCGGCCCCAUCACUUCAAUUCGCCUGCUGCCCCCUGGCUUGCGAGUUUCUGCCUUCACAGAGUGCAGCAGCAGCAGUAGAAGCUGCAGCAACAGCAACGGCGAUAAAGUUAGCAGCAGCAACGGGUGCAACUGCUGCUUCGGCGACGCUGCAGCAAUAGACCUGCGGCAGCUCACCGCAGACUGCAGCAGCAACUCAAGCUGCUGCGGAGAGGUCUUCCCAAAGGAAGCAGCAGCAGCACCUGCUGCAGCUUCUGGUAAUGCUGCUGGUGCUUCAUGUGCUUCUUGUCCCUCGUGUCAGUUGCCGUUUCAAGAGAGGGAAAGGGCUGUUUGCUGCCCUCAGUGCGGAGUGUACGUACACCUGACGUGCGCAGGUCUCUUUUCGCUGCAGCAGGAAGCAGCUGCACGGCAGCAGCACCGGCGUGCAGCAGCAUCGUCCACCGCAGCAGACGCAGCAGCAGAAGUUGCGGGAAGUACAGCAGCAGCAGUACAGGAUGAUGAUGAGGUCUACCGCCUGGUCCCUGCCUUCUGGUGGUGCUGCGCUUGCAGCCGCAGAGUCUUCUGGGGUUUUAUUCUAAACCAUUUAUAUGAGAGGUGCAGCAGCAGCACCCCGAAGGAAGCAGCAGCAGCAGCAGUUGCAGCUGCAACUGCUGCUGUCGCUGCUGCUGCUGCUUCGGACCCUGCUGCAUCCACUGCUUGCGGUGCACAGGCUGCCUGCGAAGACUUCCUGAGCCAAGGAACAGCAGCAACAGCAACAGCACCACCAUCUGCUGCAUCUGCUGCUACCAGCGCUGCAGCCGGGGCAUCAGGGCGUGCUACGAGUGCAGCAGAAGCAGCAACCCAACGACCUGCAGCGAGACCCAGGAAACGCAAGGCAGCAGGCGCAGCAAUAGUACCUGCCAAUGCUGCUGCUGCUGCUUCUGCUGCUGCUGGGGCUGAGGAUGGCAAUACAAUAGAAGGCUCCGCCGUGCUUUAUGGGCUAAAACCACCAUCUGCAGUCUCCCGAGAGCUCCCUCUUGCCAGGGACCAUAGCAGCAAAAGCAGCAGCACCAGCAGCAGCAACAGCAGCAACAACAGCAGCAACAGCAGCAGCAGCAGCGCUUCGCUGUACAUCCCUCCACUGUUAGAACGCUUGAGGCUUUUAAGUUCCCUAAGCCAGCCGUAA